CGAAGAAGAAAUGGACCAUUUCCGGUGGCAUAUUUGACUGACGGACCGAGCGGUCGGUCCCUACGCGUAUCCAUCUAUACCCUAUCAUUUUUCUACGACACUUAUAAAUGACACAACAAGAGAAAAGAAAAAAACAUUUAAUAAUCCCAACACGACGGCGGCACUUUUCGAUGUUCUUUGAAAGUUUGCGAGCAUUUUGGAGCCCUCAAAUAAGACUUCCGAGCCAAUGUUGGUGACUGCUUGUCGCCUGUCCAAAGCGCUGCAGCUCACCCUGGCGGUCAUCAAACCAGAUGCAGUGGCUCAUCCUCUCAUGCUGGAGGCGCUUCACCAAAGUAUCCUGGAUAACCACUUUGUAAUCGUUCGAUGUAAAGAUCUGGUGUGGAAACGACAAGACUCUGAGCGCUUUUAUUCUGAGCAUUCAGGGAGAUUCUUCUACCAAAGGCUUGUUGAGUUCACGUCAAGCGGCCCGAUGCGGGCGUACAUUUUAGCCCGAGAGGACGCCAUUUGCCACUGGAGGCAACUGAUGGGUCCCACCAAAGUGUUCCGAGCCCGAUACACCUCUCCGACCUCCCUGCGAGCUCAGUUUGGCCUCACGGACACGCGCAACACCACUCACGGCUCAGAUUCCGCCGAGUCAGCCCGCAGAGAAAUAACGUUCUUCUUCCCGGACUUCCGGCCCGACGAGUGGAUGGAGAGGGAGGAGCCAUCUUUCCGGUCGGGACGGAUAGACUACGAUCCUCGGCAACACGUCCACACACUCUCAGGUCAGCGCUAAAGCUGAAAUCUGAUUUCCCCUUUUUUCAAGGAUGUGAUUGUAUUAUUGUGAUGUGCUCUGUUGUUAUUUAAUCUUAUGCUCUGUAAAGUGCUGUAUAAAUAAAGAUGAAUUGUAUUGUA